AAUCUUCGACUACGUCAUCUCCCUAAUCCCGUCUCCAGGCAGCAAGUCUUUCGUCCACUUCUAGUGGUUCCGUCUCCCGUGUCUAGUUACAACUCUAAUCUGUGAUCCUGUCCAUCUCGCUCGAUGCUGUAAUCGAGAUUGAGAAUCAUGAGAUCUAGGUCCAUGGCUAAGGAUCUUUCCGGUACCAUCAAGGAGAUUCUGGGCACCUGCGUCUCUGUUGGCUGCAUUGUUGAUGGCCAUGAUUCAACGGAUUUGCAGACGGAGAUUUCGGAAGGUGAUUAUGAGGUUCCGCUCGCUUUUUGGGAAUUGUUUGUCAUCAUCUUCGAGCUCAUUCCAUCUUCGUCGGCUGCUUCCUACGUCUUCGACUGCAAAUCGCCGAAAGUUUUGUCUGCUUCGUCCACUUCGGCUUCAUCCGAACGCCAUCGUCGUCUUUGCUAGCCUUCGCUCCUUCUGCGGCAUCUUUAACUGUUUCUUUGUUGCUUCAUCGCUCGCUUCGUCGAAUUUGU